CCAUCUCUUCUUCCUCAUCUGCUUCCUUCUUCUGAUCGCCUCCAAUGGCGUCCUCCUUCCUCCGCGCCUCGCCGCUCUCCCUCCUCUCCCGCCUGAAGCCGGUCAACCGAAGGCCCCCCGCCUCGCACCUCCGCCGCCUCCUUCUGCUCUCCGGCUCCACCUCGGUCCCCUCCUGCUCCCCGCCCACGCUCCGAACCCUAGCCACCGAUGCGGCGACCGCACCCGAGGAGGCGGCGCUUCCCGCGGCGGAGGCGAAGCUGGAGAGGAUGCAGCCGCUUCAGUGGCCUCGGCGGGACGCGCUGUGCGGCGACCUCGGCGCGGGCGACGCCGGCCGCCGGGUGCGGCUCUGCGGCUGGGUCGCUCUCCGCCGCACCCACGCCGGCCUCACUUUCCUCACCCUCCGUGAUUCCUCCGGCAUGGUUCAGGUGGCAACCUUGCCAGAGUACCCUGAAGUAUAUGCUGUUGUGAACAAGCUGAGAGUGGAAUCAGUGGUUUCUGUUGAGGGGGUGGUGCGCCCACGCCCGACAGAAGCCAUCAACACAGAGAUGAAGACUGGGGCUAUAGAGGUUGUUGCAGAUCAUAUAUUGGUGCUGAACUCUGUAACUCGUUCACUACCUUUUCCAGUCACUACUGCUGAUACUGUAAAAGAGAAAUUUCCAGAAGAAGUCAGAUUGAGAUUUAGGGUGCUUGACUUACGUCGACCACAAAUGCAGUCAAACUUGAGAUUGCGCCAUAAAGUAAUUAAGCACGUUCGUCGUUACUUGGAGGAUAGACAUGAUUUUGUUGAGAUUGAGACUCCAAUUUUAUCCAAGUCUACACCAGAAGGUGCUCGGGACUAUCUUGUACCUUCAAGAGUCCAGCCAGGAACAUGCUUUGCUCUUCCUCAAAGUCCUCAGUUGUUCAAGCAAAUGUUGAUGGCGUCUGGCUUUGAAAAAUAUUUUCAGAUCGCAAGAUGCUUCCGGGACGAAGAUCUGCGUGCAGAUAGGCAACCAGAAUUUACACAACUCGAUAUGGAGAUUGCCUUUACAUCAAUGGAGGAUAUGUUGAAGUUGAAUGAAGAGUUGAUGAUACAUAUAUUUCAAGAGGUGGGAGAUAUCAAGCUUCCAAAAUGUUUUCCAAGGCUUACCUACGCGGAGGCAAUGAAUUGUUAUGGCACAGACAGGCCUGACCUUCGGUUUGACUGGGAGCUAAAAGAUGCUAGUGAUGUAUUUUUGGGCAGUAGCUUCAAGGUUUUCGCAGAUACAUUAGAAAAUGGUGGUGUAAUAAAGGCAUUGUCUGUGCCUGGUGGUGCCAAAGUUUUUUCAAACACUGACCUGAAGAAGGGAACUGUUUAUGCUGAAGCAUCCAAAGCUGGAGCUAAGGGCCUGCCUUUCCUCAAAGUUAUGGAUAAUGGGGAGCUUGAAGGAAUUGGUCCGCUUGUGUCAACUCUGAAACCUGAAAAGAAAGAACAGCUGUUGGAACUUUUAGAUGCAAAAGCAGGUGAUCUUAUCCUGUUUGCCCUGGGCGAGCAAUCAACAGCUAAUCAAAUUCUUGGCAGGUUAAGAUUAUUUAUUGCUCAUAAGUUGGAAGUGAUAGACACGUCAGCACACUCAAUUCUUUGGGUGACAGACUUUCCAAUGUUUGAAUGGAACAGUGAUGAGCAGAGAUAUGAGGCUCUACACCAUCCUUUCACCGCACCAAAUCCUGAAGAUAUGAAUGAUCUACCUUCAGCUCGUGCCCUGGCUUAUGAUAUGAUUUACAAUGGGGUUGAGAUCGGAGGAGGCAGUUUGAGGAUCUACAAAAGUGAUGUGCAACAAAGAAUAUUUGAGAUCAUCGGUAUCUCACCUGAACAGGCAGAGGAAAAAUUUGGUUACCUUUUGGAGUGUUUCGACAUGGGUGCUCCUCCGCAUGGAGGAAUUGCUUAUGGGUUGGAUCGGUUAGUGAUGCUUUUGGCUUGCGAAAGUUCAAUCCGGGAUGUGAUAGCUUUCCCGAAGACCACGACUGCUCAAUGUUCACUCACCAAAGCGCCAUCUCCUGUGGAUCCUCAGCAAUUGAAGGAUCUCGGCCUACAUGCUCCGUGACCAAAUUGUUCAUAGCUUAGGGGCAAAGUUAUCUAGGAACAGCUACAGUAUACUCCUGGAAUUUGAUCUCUUCCAGGACAUUCUCUCUUUACAUGUAGAGAACGAGGUUUUGUUUAUGAGAUUUUCUUGAGCAUGGAAGAUGAUUGGUCGCCCUUCAGAUGUCACCAGAUCUGCCUGCAUCAAUGUCACACAAAUAAAUUUGGGCUGCCAACAAUUGUAUCAUUGUAGAAUUAGAGUUGGGUGAGCUAGGCUCUCGGCAAAUCCAGCUUUGCCGUGUGCACGAAGAAAAGGCUCCGGCAAAGCCGAGGGCACACGACAAAUCACGUCUUUCCGGUAGUGAUUUGCAGAUGAUGACUGUGUGACAUGGAUCUUGAGCCAUAUUCCGUGAAAAUCAUUCAACUCUGCUCCUGAGUCCUGACUAUAUAUGGAAGGUUCACCUGCC